CUUUGCGUUGCCUCCAGGCUCCGCGUGGCGCCUAGUGGCGCCUCGUGGAGCCGCAGAGCUGGGGAGGCUGCGGGACCCUGUGGGUGCGUGUGGUUCAAGGUCCAGGUGGCAUUUGAAGAUCUGCAAUGGACAGAUCCCGUUGGGCAGCCUGUGGCGGCGCUCUGCCACACGCACAGACAGCGGGCCUCGCAGGAGUUCUUCAGACAAAGCUGAGCAUAUGAGACUGUGACGUAUAUCGUUUAUCAGUAAUUGUCACGAGCAAAGCUCACCUGCCAUCUCUCCUACCCUUGCCUGUCAGUCAUUUAGCAGCAGAGUUGCUGUUGUCUGACAGUUCUGGUCCUGGUCAGAAGCCCUUUGCCUGUUUCUGUCUGGAGUUGAGGAAUGACUUAUUCUCCCUCCUGCGUUCCUGAUUCUUCCUGUGCAUCAUCUACCAUUGUGUGGUAAAUACACAGCUUUGGGAUCUAUUGCAGCCAACCUGUAAGGCAGACACGAACUAAAACAGAACGUGGGCAGUGUGCUGCUGCUUCUUUGCUGGUUUCCUCAGUCUCACAGCUGCAUGGUUGCCCUCUCCAUGCAGACAGUAGGCUGUUUGUGUUUGCAGAUCUUUAUAGCUGCCUUGGCUAUAAGCAGGAGCAGUUCUUUUUUCAACACUUUAUUUCACCUGAACCCGCUUCUUUUUGUGGUUUGCUUUUAAUGUGCAAAUUGGUUGAUGUAGAGUUUACGUGUAUGUAGGGUUCAUAGCACAGUGUAGACCGGACUGUAUGGUAUGAUGAGGCUGUAUGGGCUUAUUCAAAAUCCCAUGGCUCUGUAAGCUCAUCUCUGUCUGUAUUUUAGGCAUGUGCUGCUAAUUCAGCUGUGGAUAACUUCUUGUGCCUGCACUGCAUUACCUGUUGCAUGUCAAAACUAAAAAAUGCUGAUGUAAAUGGUUUAACUGGACAAAAAUGUUUACUGAAAUAUAUUUCUUUGAGAAAUUAUGAAGUCGAUGUAGAAAGUUUGGAAAAUUUGAAUAUUUUCCAAAUGGAACUUUCAAGCUUUGGUUUAAAGCAGCAUUUGUUGGGAGCAGGUAAAUUCUUAAAACCAGCAUAUUUACUUUAAGAUCCAAUACCACAUCAUGCAAACUUUUAUAUCAGGAGUGGAGGUUAAGUACAGAAUGUGUUGUCCCUGGAAACAGGAAAUCAGAGAGAUUCAAAUGAGAAAUUAGGCAGAAACACUUAACAAAGAGAAUGAUUAAGCUUUGGAAAACUGUGAAAAGUGUUCGUUUAGGUUUUUAUUCCUUAUUACCUUCUAAUCAAAGCUGAAAGCAUUCUGGGAAGAGAUGCUGUCAGUAUUACAAGACUCCUUCGGGCAGACCUGGGGUGCGUGGGUCUGUACAUGAACGGCCAGGUGAAGCAUCAUGUCCCACAGUAUACACAGCAUCAGACAAGAAAAAUUACUAUUCUCUCCCAGCUCUGUGAGCUGAUCAUUUCCAUGCAUCUUCAUGUAUCCUCUAGUUCUGGGCUUCGUGUGCACCAGACUUAGUUAUGAUUAGAGAUGCCAGCUCUGGCUGAUUCUUCUUUGAUAAAAAGAAACAUUAAGCAAGAAAUGGAUCUGAGAUUCUUAAACCCUUUUUUUCCCAGGUAUACGUAUCCUUAGGAAAGAAAGAUUAAUUCAUUUCUGUUUUACCAUGCUCUUUUUUGCUUAGCAUUUCUGGGCAGGAACGCUAUCAGACUCAACACGUGCAUCAAUUUCCACAAGUACGCCAAAAUAAUCUUCUGUGUGGGUUCACCAGUCAUGGCAAGAAGGGCCUUGAAACUUGCCUCACUGGCAGCAGCUGCUUCUGGCAUCUAUCUGUAUGGCAACAAGUUCAUGGAUCCCAAUGAUUUUGGAGUUGUUCGUGUGGGCCGAGCCAUUGCCACAACAGCAGUUAUCACCUAUGACUACCUCACCUCCCUUCGCAAUGUCCCAUAUGGAUCAGAGGAAUAUGACUUCCUCAAAUCACAGGUGCACCUGCGCUCUGCUGAGCGCCUCCGAGAGCUGUGCUGUGCCAACCGAGGCACCUUCAUCAAAGUGGGCCAGCACCUGGGGGCACUUGACUACCUGCUGCCAGAGGAGUACACCCGCACGCUCAAGGUGCUGCACAGCCAGGCCCCACAGAGCACCAGGCAAGAGAUCGAGCAAGUCAUCCGUGAGGAUCUGGGCAAAGAGGUAAAAGAACUCUUUGUGAGUUUUGAGGACACACCUUUGGGAGCAGCAUCACUAGCCCAGGUGCACAAGGCAGUGCUGCAGGAUGGGAGAACGGUGGCAGUAAAAAUCCAGCACCCAAAGGUCCAAGCUCAGAGCUCCAAGGAUAUUUUCCUCAUGGAGGUUCUUCUCUUGAUUGUGAAGCAGAUCUUUCCAGAUUUUGAGUUCAUGUGGCUGGUGGAUGAAGCAAAAAAGAAUCUGCCUUUGGAAUUGGAUUUCCUCAAUGAGGGCAGAAAUGCUGAAAGGGUUGCUCAGAUGCUCAAGAACUUUGACUUCCUGAAGGUCCCCAGAAUCUAUUGGGAGCUCUCAACAAGGCGUGUUCUUCUCAUGGAAUUCAUGGAAGGGGGACAGGUGAAUGACAAGGCAUACAUGGAGAAGAAUGGCAUUGAUGUCAAUGAGAUCUCUCGCAACCUGGGAAAACUCUACAGUGAAAUGAUCUUUGUGAAUGGCUUUGUCCACUGCGACCCACACCCAGGCAAUGUGCUGGUGAAGAAGUGCCCAGAUUCUGGCAAGGCCUACAUUAUUCUCCUGGACCAUGGGCUCUACCAGGUGCUGAGCGAGUCAUUCCGCAUGGACUACUGCCGCCUUUGGCAGGCCCUUAUCAAGGCUGACAUGAAGAGGGUGCAGAAGUACAGCCGGCGGCUCGGGGCAGGGGAUUUGUACCCUCUCUUUGCCUGCAUGCUCACCGCCAGGUCCUGGGAGUCUGUCAACAGGGGAAUUGACCAGUCACCAGUCUCAGCCAGCGAGGAUGUGGAGAUCCGGUCCAAUGCUGCUGCUUACCUACCCCAGAUCACCCAGCUCCUCAACAGUGUCCCCCGCCAGAUGCUGCUGCUGCUGAAGACCAAUGACUUAUUGAGGGGAAUUGAGUCAGCUCUGCAUACACGGGCCAGUGCCAGUUCCUUCCUCAACAUGUCUCGCUGCUGCAUCAGAGCCGUGUCUACGUAUCAGAGGAGCAAAAGUCACUCAAUUUUCAGGAGGAUCCACAUCUCACUCACAGAAGCACUGAGUCUAUGGCAGAUCAACUUGUAUGAACUCUUUCUGUGGCUGAAAGGGUCUGGUCUGGGAAACUGGGUCAUUGCUUUCCUGAGCCGGAUGCACCAUUCCACGUAACUGACAUGAACUGAUGGGAGAGGCUCAAGUGUUCCCGCCCUCACUUCUACUCUCCAUGGCACAUUUGCAUUUAUGAUUUUUUCUGUCUGUUCUGUGGGCUAUUCUUGGGUCUUGCUCCUUGUUACAUGCUGCACUGUCCUUGCUUGUUACAGCACAGCUUUCUCUGUGGCAGCAAGAUUGUGGAGUAGGUAUGAGGGUUCUGCUGCUUUAUAGUUUAGGAAAGGAAGGUGUGGUAUACUGUGUGUCAGGAAAGGCAUAGUACUUUCUCUCCCCACUUGAACUGGGGAAAUUCCACACAGAUUCCAGUGGUACUGCACUGGAAGCAAAAGACUUUUCUAGUCUCUUUCUUAAACAAUCUUACAAAAUUUAAAAAAAUCACUGCCCUGCCUAGAAUACCCCCAAAUCCCAUCCUUUUAAAUUCCAAUAUGAUGUAUUUUAGCUAUUGCAGAGUCUCCCUAGUCUAACAUCUGCUCAAAUGUGCAGAGAGUUUCUCAGAGAGAAGUGAGACCUUGUGGAGAGCUGGCAUUAUGGCUUCUACUUCCAGCACUAGGGCACCCUAAUGGUGAGAACAGUGGACUGGAACCCUGGCUUCCUGAGGUUCAUCUCUUCUGUUGUCAGCAAGUGCCUAUGUGGUUUUGGAUUUUUUCAGUCCUGUUUCCUUGCAGUUGUAAUGAAGGAGGCAGUGGUCCUAUGGUUUGUGGUUUUUAUUUUUCUUUUUUCAAAAAUCAGGGAUAGCAAGAGGAAGGACAACUCAGGGCUCUGAAGCUGCUGGUAAUGUAUGUGUACUGUACAGAUGCUGCCACACAGCCAAAAUAAAUGUGUUGCAUCAAAGACAUUUGUAGGAAGGGUGCCAAGCUCUGUACUCAGGGUGAUAUUGUGACCUCUAACCUCAAACCUGUCUCCAGGGGAGUGAGUGAUGCAAGGCAGUGCUUGUUAACUGCAAGGUGAAUGAAAUACCAUCUUGGUCCUUCCUCUGCUCAACCAGUUUGUUCCACAUCCAGAUCCUCUGCUGUUGCAUCAAGUGUGUUGGAUGGAGUGGAGGAGUGGUUACCAUCCCCCUGGUAGGACACACCACUCCUGGCCAGCCAGAUCCAUGCCAUGCCUGCCUCCUCCCUGUCUGCAGAAGUGUGCUGCAGCACGUCUGUGAGAUGUCACCAUCCCCAUGCUGCGCAUUGAGCAUUUUGCCUUGUCACUGCCUGUGACAUUUCACUGCUCUUGCCUCAGAUGAAAACCUGCCACUUGCUCGGUGGUGCAAGUGACAGAUCUGAUGAGUCUCACUGCAACUGUGGGAUGGUUACCAAGAAGUCUUGCCCAGUGGUAUCUCUUUUGCUGAUCCUAGGAGGUGACCCCGCUGUUUGUGAGGAUUCCACUAGCCAGCAAGAUGGAGGUAGCUGCUGAAGUCAUUUCAGCUAUUUCAUCAGCUGUCUUGGUGAAAAAGGGGCUCCAUGCUGAGUAGCAAAGAUUGAAUGGGAAUGUUCCUUCGCUGCCACCAAGCUUGUUCAGGUUUGGCUGAGGUUCCCUGAAUCAUUAAGGCUGUGCCUGAGAGUAAGGCACAAAAAAGGCAUGUAGUCCUCCCAUAUUCAUACAGCUUCCCAGUUUGCACAGUUGUGAAACAUCACCUUGCAGUAUGUCCACUCGCAUGUGAAGGGAAUCAUGGGGUAGAAGUGUGGGUAAGUACCUGUGUGAGUCCUCAGUGAACUGACUCUCUUACUGGCUGUGCAGAAGAGGGAGUGGAUUUAUUCACAAAAGGUACCUGACUGCAUGUGCACUUGGACAUAUUGAGUUAGUGACUGUGGAAAUGUGGCUUGCGACAGUGACUGCGUGUUUUUGGUCUCCUAUGCAGUCAAUUGCUUGAGCCUUCCCUAUGAUGGGGACAAGCAGGAGUGAUGUGCUUUCCCAUCUUUGCUAAGCACGAAAACAAAAAGCAAACUAAGACCAAAUGUCCUCACAAAGCUUGUCCCCCACCUAUGCAGUGACAGGUCAGAGAUUCUCCCUGCUUCUGGGUUGUGUAAUAGCAUCAGGGAAUAGAGUGGAGGUGACUGCAAUGACGAGACUCCUGAGUCGACAUGAAGUCACAGAAAUCCCAAGGUAGUGAUCCUGCAGUCUGGAUGUGAGUAAACUGGUCAUGUGAGCAGUCUUGCUGAAUCAGUACCUUUCUUGGGCAGUUAAAGCUGGUAGCCUGGCCACUGGGGGAUAUGCCUGUCUCAUUCUCUUCACAAGCAGAGCUAUGCUCAAAAAACUGGUCAAAUGCACUCAGUCACCUACUGUGCAGCCCCUUCUUUUAGCUGCCUCUGCAAAAACUGUUGCUUAGCCCUGUCUAGAUAUAAUGACCAGAGCACUGUUUGGAUCUCUCAAAGAUCUGUGAAAGCUCAUUCCUUAAUGGGAUCCUAGUCAUAUGACUCAUUUCCUGAGGAUCCUGCAGCUGAUAUCUGCAUGGAUUGCUGAACCGCAGCCUGCUCCCAGCCAACCCUGUUCUUUCAUCCCACCAAGACCCAGCUACACAACUGCUAACAAUGCUGCUUGCGGAAGGUGCGAGCUCUAAAAGUGGAAGUGUGUCAUCAGUCCCUCAGACUCAUGUUUGGCAGCAUGCAGCAGUCAGACAGCAGGGUAUGUUUGAAAGAGCUUUGUCUAUUGACAUUAGUUUCUGCCGGGAGGCUGUGUGCGGGCAGAAUUAGCAGUGGGAUUCCUCAGUCAGUUUUGCUCAGCUUUCUCCCUUCCCACAGUCAAUCAAUGAGAGUUUGCCUGAGGAAAGAACAAGCAAACACCCAGCAUUUGACCCUUUAACAUUUUUGCUUUGUCUUUUUGCUCAAUGCUCUCAAAGGUGAAUCUGUUAAAAGGGUUUUGAAAAGACA